AUCAAGGCUAAUAGCGGUAAACUCAUUGUAAGCCAUUCAAUAAUUUGUUGUUAUUAGAUCUUUUGUUAAACAUUUUUUUUUGAUUACCAUUUGUUUUUAAAUUGCUUUAUUGUUUAUUAUUGCGUGUCUCUACUUUUGUUUGAUUGUUAAUCAGUUGACAGUGUACAUUUCAAUUUUGAUGUGUCCUUUACAAAGUCUCCAUGUUUCCAUGUCGUUUCUGGUGCUCUCCUCUGUGAUACUGGUUGGUAGUCUUGGCCAAUGUCAACUUGUUUUCAUUUUCAUCUUUAACUAUUCACUUGACUUUUUUCGUCUUCUAUUUUUUCUUAUUUCUCUUCUUCUUCAUCUGUCUUUACAUCUUCAAUUUCACCUCGUUCUCUGUCUUUCUGUCUCUCUAUUUUGCCUUGCCUUGCCUCUAUUUAAUGAGUUACUUUCUCGUUGGCGUUGACUCAGCCUUGAUAACUCAGCAGAGUUAACCUAAAAAAACAUGGAAAAAUAUUUCUCUUCCUUGAGAAGGAUCUUCAAGAAUCUUGACGUUUUCGUGAAGGCCUCCUGAGUGUUAUAUGUUUCUCCCAUUACGAACAAAGUUUUACUUUUUUUUCAUCAUUGUUGUUAUUACUUUUCAUUCUUAUUCUUUUCUUAACAUCAUCUUCAUCCUUUUCUUCUUCUUUUCUUCCACCAUUCUCUCAUUCUCUCACCUAUUCAACAUCAUCAACGUCUUGUUUGUUUUUUGCCUCUUUUAUCUACUUAUUCACAUUGUCAUUGGUUAUUACAUUAUUUCAUUCUCCAGUUGUAUAACAAUUAACGUUGGAAAAUUAUUUGGAUUUCUUCAAUUAUGGCAUCUCAUUAUAAAAAGUUUACUUUGGAUCUGGGUUUUUAAUGUUCAAAUUGAAAAUUUUGCUGGUUAAAGGAUAAAUUGAAUUCUCAGUGAUUAAUGAAUUCACUGAACUUUCCCUUUUUUCAUCCAUUUUCAACCAAAAUUUAUGCAAAAUAUUGAAGACUAAAAACACAAAAUUCUGUUCAUCCUGGUGAUGAUGAUGAUGGUGAUAAAAUGAGAGUGAAUGUUUAAUUACUCUGAAUGUAUCACUUCAGUUUUACUGUUAAUCACAUUUUCUUCAUCUUUUGUAAAUCUUUACACUUUUCUGCUUGGAAGGAAGAAAAGUUUCCAUCAUGAAUAUCAUGAAUUCUUGUGUAAACAAAGUCAACAACUAUUAUACAAAUAAUAGAUAAAGCUUUCUUUAUGUGAAAAAUUAAGUUUCCUGAUGGCAGAAAAAUUUCAGUAAUUUGAAUAACUGAUGAAAUACCCAUGAUGAACACAAACGGAAAAGACAAAAAACAAAGACGGAAAAGGCUGUAAAUCUGAAUUGAUUUGGAAAACAAGAUGAUUGGAAAUAUAAAUUCUGUACUUUUGAUUGGAGUCGAAAUGUCAACAGGAGAGAAAAAAUGAAAUAAAAUUUGAAGAGAAGUCAAGGAAAGCUCAUCUAUCCUGAUUCAUAUAAAGAUAUUACAAAGGAAACAAAAAGCUCAAGCUCGAUUACACUUCUUACAACAAUGAAAGUCAAGCGGAAUCCAUGAAAAGAUGAAUUUUGAUGGUCAAAACUUUAUGAAAUGAAAAAUGGAUCCAAUGAAUUUUGUUCAAUCUUUUAAUAAUGCAAAUCGGGAAUCCACAUAAACUGUCAGUUGAGAGUUGAAAGGGUCAACAGAGAACAAAAGAGCAAAGCAAAGACAAUGGAAACUUUUGGCUUUGGUUAAAGGAUACAUUCCAACUCUGUUAUUACAGGAAUCCUAAUGAUGAUGAUAAUGAUGAGAAAAGGAGAAAAAAUUAAUAUAAAUCAAUAUGAAUCAAGGCUAACAUAAUGUUCAUCUAUUCAACUAGAUGUUAAAUGCUGAUGAAUACACACAAAAUUUAUCCAAUUGAUAACAAACAUUUGCAAUUGAAAAGGAUUACAAGUCAAAUAAAGUCGAGUUCAAAAGAGGAUUGCAGCAAAUCAACAGAUAAUCAAUACAAGAUUAUUAGUGUCCACUAAAUCAAAUUGAUUGUGUGACUAGUGUUUGUUUCAAAUAGCUGAUCAGUUUGUUUAACCAUGUUUACCGACGAGCUUAUUAACAAUACAUUUUGAUCCAACCACAACUGUGAUAUUGGCAGUUUGAUUCAAACGAAAAGGACAAGAAAUCAAGUUCAAUUAGCUGGUCACAAAAACGAGGAUAAAUAAUGAAAAGUCAAAAGUGAAGACAAAAAACACAGUUAAAACGAUUGGACUGAAACGACGAGAAAAAUCUCGCUUAUUUUACUAAGUUGAUAUAUUUCUACCUGUUGACCAUCAUCUCUCAAUCGUCCACUUUGAUCCAUUUACUUUUUGUAUUGCCAUCCAAAUUUAUUGUACAAGGAAAACAAGUAAAAGCAAUGAGCCUAUCAACUUCCCCAGGAAAUAAUGAAAACGGUAGAUUGGCUAAAGCAAUACGAAUUGGAUUGUCAUUUGUUAACUACUCAAAGCCAUUUGGUGAAAUAACAACGUCCACUGAUGAUCUAUCAUCACCAUCGUCAACAACAGCAAAUACAAAAACAGCGACAUUUAAUAGUAAAAGCAAUAAUGUUAAUAAUAAUAUAAAUUUUCAUACUGGUUUAAAUAAUAAUAAUGACUCAAAGUGCCCAGGAGAUUUUUGUUCAAGAGCAACUUCCGUUUCUUCUCUCUCACCCUCCUUACCAUCAUCAUCUUCAUCAGGAAGAACUGCAAGUGGAAGUAGAAUAACAAACUCCAUUUCAGUAUCCGGUUCAGGAGAAAGGAUUGAAGGACUCAGACCAGGGAAUGAAUUUACCAAUUUGGAAUCAACAUCAACUCCAAAGACCAACAAUGAACAGUUAAAAGUAAACCUGGUUGGUUCCCGGAUAACUGAUUAUUAUUCAGAUUAUGAUCCAAUGAUGGGAAUAAGGAUUGCAAUCUCACUUUUGGGUAUAAUUGUCCUCUUUGCCAUCUUUGUGGUCUACAAAAGCCAUUGCAAUGCCAAGAAAGCGAAACGAUUGUUACCUUAUCGUGGGUCAACUCGCUCAGUUUCAGGUUACCGAACUCCAUGAAUCCAAGUGAAAGCAAGGAAAACAAAAGCCAAGUCCAACUAAACAACCUUACCAAUAUAUAUUGAUCAAAGAGUGGACCAUCUUUUACCAUUGUCAAUUACACCUUUUGUUUAGUUGCUUCUGGUGGUUACUUCCAGAUUAAACGUUGUCAUUGUUGUAAUUGUUUGCUGUAUAUUAUUUUCAUCCUAAUUGGUCUCAUUAAGUUUGAAUAUAACAUCACAUUUACAGCCAUUUAUUAUGAUUUCAAUCAAAUGCCAAGAAAAAAAGAUUCAACCCAACAACCAUUAAGUGUAUAUAUUAUAUAUUGAAGAAGCGAACAAAAAAUUUCAUCAAAGUGUUCAUCAAUCAAAACCUUUUUUUACUUUCAUUUCCAUUCUCAUCAUUCUUGUGUCUCAACUUUGUGUCCCACUUUUUCGUCGACAAUUUCAUCUUACCCUUGCUAAUGAUAGCAAUUAAUAGUCAACCUUCAUUUAUCUACCAUUCAAAUGAUGAUCACUCAUCAGUUAUAUUAAUAAAAGUCUCUCUAAAUGCAA